AUGGCCAGCGUAAUCAAAGAUGCUGUCUCCAACGUUCUUGGAAAACUCCAGGGCACUGCUCCAGAGGUUCCCCGCGAACCCUCCACCGAGGAGUUCCAAGCACUACAAAAGAAAUACACGGACGCCGGGCAAGGGCAUGUCUUCUCCUUUGUCGACGAAUUGUCCACUGUUGAGAAGUCCCAGCUCUUCCACCAGCUGUCAACUUUUGACCCCACUCGGAUCAACGAGCUGGCCGACAAGGCCUUGAACCCUCCCCCCGCCACCCAGGGGCCCGUGACUCUUGAGCCCCUCCCCGAGGUCGCCACGGCUUCCAUCCUCGAUUCCGAUCCCUCAGAUAUCCAGAAAUGGUAUGAAGCUGGCUUGAAAGAGGUUGCGGCGAACAAGGUGGCCGUGGUCUUGAUGGCUGGUGGACAGGGCACCCGGCUCGGUAGCUCUGCCCCCAAGGGCUGCUUCGAUAUUGGUCUGUUGAGUGAGAAAUCGCUAUUCCAGCUGCAGGCUCAGCGUAUUGCCAAGCUGCAGUCUCUUCUCGGUGGUCAGAACGUCGUUAUCCCCUGGUACGUCAUGACCAGUGGACCUACGCGCAAGCCCACAGAGGAGUUCUUCGAGAAGAACAACUACUUUGGUCUCGACAAGAGCAACGUCAUGGUCUUUGAGCAAGGUGUUCUGCCUUGUCUCUCCAAUGAUGGCAAGAUCUUGCUUGAGAGCAAGAGCAAGGCCGCCGUGGCUCCUGAUGGAAACGGUGGUAUCUACCAGGCCCUCGUGGUCUCAGGUGUGCGUGAGGACAUGCGCCGCCGCGGUAUUAAGCACAUUCACCUUUACGGUGUGGAUAACUGCCUUGUCAAGGUUGCCGACCCCGUGUUCAUUGGCUUCGCCGCCUCCAAGGACGUUGAUAUUGCGACCAAGGUGGUGCGCAAGCGCAAUGCUACCGAGUCCGUCGGUCUCAUUGUGUUGAAGAACGGCAAGCCCGACGUGGUUGAGUACUCCGAGAUUGACCAGGAGACUGCCGAGGCCAAGGAUCCCAAGCAGCCCGAUGUCCUCAAGUACCGCGCCGCCAACAUUGUCAACCACUACUACUCCUUCCGCUUCCUCGAGUCUAUUGAGAGCUGGUCGCACCAGCUGCCCCACCACGUGGCCCGCAAGAAGAUCGCUUGUGUCAACACCGAAACUGGCGAUCUUACCAAGCCCGAGAAGCCUAACGGCAUCAAGCUUGAGCAGUUCGUCUUCGACGUGUUCCCCAUGACACCCCUGGACAAGUUCGCUUCUAUCGAAGUGCACCGCCACGAUGAGUUCUCCCCCUUAAAGAACGCCCGUGGCACUGGUGAGGAUGAUCCCGACACCAGCCGCGCCGAUAUCAUGGCCCAGGGCCAGCGUUGGGUCGAGGCUGCCGGUGCUACUGUCAUUACAGAUGGCGAGGCUGUCGGUGUUGAGGUUUCCCCCCUGAUCAGCUACGGCGGUGAAAACCUGGAAUUCUUGAAGGGACGGGAAAUUAAGGCACCUGCCAUCCUGGAGAGGGAAGAGUAG